CUUUCUCCUUUUUAAUGGGUACUUUUGUCCUAAUUCUUUCAACAUUUGCUUUGUGUGGCAGCCUUGUUUAUGCACUGUUUUGAGGUUAUUUUUCGUAAUUCUGCAAAAAUAAAAGAAAUAAUAUUCAAAUGGUUUCUUUUUGUUAAAAAAUUGUUAGUGACUUACAUACUGAUUACGAUGCAUAAACUCAAAUCUUCCCAAAGAGAAAAAGUAAAAAAGUUUAUAUCUUUUACACAAACUGGUGAAAAUACAGCCAUUUAUUGCCUUACUCAGAACGAUUGGAAAUUAGAUCUUGCGAGUGACAACUACUUCCAAAAUCCAGAUGCAUAUUACAAAGAACCCAGGAGUGUAGACAAAAAGAAGCUGGAAACGUUGUACAAUAGAUAUAAAGAUCCAAAUGAACCAGAUAAAAUCACUGUGGAUGGUAUUAUGAAAUUUUUAGAUGACUUAAACUUGUCUCCAGAAUCUAAGCUUGUUCUAAUCAUUGCGUGGAAAUUUAAAGCUGCAACUCAGUGUGAGUUUACGAGAGAUGAAUUUAUAAUCGGAAUGACAGAAUUGGGUUGUGAUAAUAUUGAUAAAUUAAAGGCACGUUUGCCGACUUUAGAAAAUGAGUUGAGAGAUAGUUAUAAGUUUAAAGACUUCUAUCAAUUUACAUUUAAUUAUGCCAAGAAUCCUGGUCAAAAAGGAUUGGAUCUUGACAUGGCUAUAGCUUAUUGGAAUAUUGUAUUAAAGGGUAAAUUUAAAUUCUUGGACUUAUGGUGUACAUUCUUACAGGAGAACCAUAAAAGAUCAAUUCCAAAAGAUACUUGGAAUUUAUUAUUAGAUUUUGCUCAACAAAUUGCCGAUGACAUGAGCAAUUAUGAUGAAGAAGGAGCAUGGCCUGUUUUAAUUGACGACUUUGUAGAAUGGGCGUCAUCUAAAGCUAAAGAAAAUCAGCCCCACAGUACUAGCCAACUUGAUUAGCGAUCUUAUUUAUUAACUAGUUUGUUUGAAUCAAAUGAUGUUAAAUAUAAUUACGUUUAAUAUUUUUUGGAUCGGUAUGAAGUCCUUAAUUAAAAAAUUUAAUAUCAUUUGAUUUUUGUUUUCUUCAUAUUUAUUAUAGAUAAUUAAAAGAAAUGUAUAUAGAUAACGAUUUCCCCUUUUGAAGAAAACUCUAAGAAACACUUGUACAUUUCUGAUAAAUAAGAAUUUAUGUUAUUAUAUGUGGUUUUAUUGUGUUUAAUUAAGAUAUAGACAUCUGUAAAAGGUAACAAAAAUUUUAUAUAAAAGAAUUAUAUUUUUUGCAUAACUCAAAAAUGCUCAAUGAGGACAUAUGUAAUUAAUACAGCUACCUGUUUCAUAAAUAUCUUCCUAUUUUAAAA